AUGGCGAAGAAGGCGACGAAGAUCAGCGGGCCCGCAGCUCGCAAGACGAAGUUUGUCGGAAUCAUCCAGCAGGGCGGUGGCGAUCGUGCUGCCGCGGCCUACAACGAGCUGAUACACAAGGACCAGGCGGGUUUGGACCAGGUGCUGGACCAGACCCCAGAGGAUAAGCAGUUGAGAGCCAUCCAGAAGCUCUUGACGAAGAAUAAGAUCUCGUGGACCCACGAGCACCAGCGGCGCACCUCGGCUGCCGCUGCGGUGACCGACGGCUCCACGAACACCACGAAGGGCAAGGGCAAGGGCACCGCGGUCGUCGAACCGCAGCCCAUGGCCCUAGACGAGCACGACUGGUCCAUCCCCAUCGCGCAGGCCCCCAAGAAGUUGCCCGACGGCACCUAUGAGUCCUCCGUCUCCCUUCGCAGCAUGGAGGAUGCGGAGAAGUGGUGCAUGGCGUUGCGGCGGCAGAAGGGGCCGCUCGCCAUCCUGGCCAUCGGCACGGGCAGUGACAACUGGGCCCACGCGAAGAUCCAGAUCCCUGUACUCAGGGGCCCUCACGGCACAACCAACCCGAGGAAGACCUUCAUGAAUGGCGUCAUCUACCAGUUCGGCGAGACUGAUGUCGCUAUGAAGACCAAUGUUGCGCAGCUCGGCGAAGCAGAUGGCAAUGCGACCUUCAUGCGCAUCACCAUCCAUGGGGCCGACGCGCUGCUCGUCAACCCCACCAUGCAUGAGGUUUUCAGCAGUCAGUUCAGCGGCGCUGCCCCUGUCGUUGUCGGCGGGCAGCGCAAGGACAAUAUGGGCAGCACACCCAACGAACGUUGGAAGACGGCCCGAAAGUCCGAUGCGAAGAUCUCCGUGGACAGUGGGCUACGCGAUGUCAUCAAGUCCACCAUGCAGGCCAUCUGCCCCGAGAUCCCACUCCUCGACGAGCCCAGCCGCCUGUGGCGAGCAGGAGGUCAGGCAGGUCAACGUAUCCUGGGAGCCGUGAUUGCCAUCCCAAAGACCCAGGAGGACGCGCUCCUCAAGUACUCAGGCUACCAGGGCAUCACUUUUACUUUCUCUUACAUCGGCGUCGAUGCGGAGAAACAGGAGACCGACAAGCCGCACUGGGCGUUACGAAAGGUGAUCGUGGACAGUUCGGAUUACGGGUGCAACGUGAACAUCCCAAGGCAGGCGAAGCUGCUACUGCUGUACGAGGCCACUAGAGGGCAAGUUGCGGACGCUGCUCAAACAGUUGGGUGGACUGCCGACGUCGUCUACGUGGGCUUCGACAUCAAUGAGAAGACAAACUUCGCCAUCGCGCGCUCCGACACCGAGCCGACCAACAAGUGCUGGAAGUUCGGCACUACCACGCCCUGGGUUGUCACCGAG